AAACAUCCAAAGCAACUCUAAACAAAGAUUCUCGAAUUCAAGUAACAAAGAAAACCCUAAAAGCUCCAGAUUCUAUUCGACAAUGGUGAAUACUUGUAGAAUCAGCUUCAUAAACUCCAUGAUUCUCUUGCUCUUUAUCAAUCAGUCAGCUCUUGCUUCUUCUGUACGCAUCGGUCUACAAAAAGGUCAAGAUCUUGUUCACCACCGGACACUUGAUGAGAUUGAGAGAGCGGACAAGGCACGUCUCAGUUUCUUGUUUAAAACGAUAGAGGAGGCCUAUGAUUCCAAAUUUGAUGAGGAUAUGCCGCUCCCCCCAUGGCCUUAUGUUAGGGUUAAAGGGGUCGAGGUAAUUGGACGCUCGUAUGCAAGGAAAGGCCAAGUCACUGAGUCAAUAAUAUAUCCGAGAGUUUGCCGUUUCUUCUUCUGCAAGUCUAGGCCUUUGAUUUGGUUGCUUUAGCGUUUGAUACUUGCAUGUAUCAUGUAAACCCUUUUAUUGACUUUGUAUCAUGACAUUGUAAACUCUUUUUCAAUAUAAUGGAUGUUUUCUU